CCCGCCCCGCCCCGCCCGGACUUUACCUCCCGGUCGGGCCCGUGCCAUUCCGGGCCAUGUGAGCACCGGGGUCGGGCCGCGGGGCCGCUACCGGCAGCGGGAUGGAGCGCAGGAAGGUCUUCGUGGUGCUCGACGUGCUCUGCUUGGCGGUCGCAUCUCUGCCCUUUAUCAUCCUGACGCUGGUGAACUCCCCCUACAAGCGAGGCUUCUACUGCGACGAUGACUCCAUCCGCUACCCCUACAAGGCAGACACCAUCACCCAUGGCCUCAUGGCUGGGGUCACCAUCACCUGCACUGUUGCUAUUAUCUCAACAGGGGAAGCAUACCUGGUCUACACAGAGCGUCUCUACUCCAAGUCAGAGUUCAACAACUACCUGGCUGCCCUCUACAAGGUGGUUGGGACCUUCCUUUUUGGGGGAGCCAUCAGCCAGUCCCUGACUGACCUGGCCAAGUACAUGAUCGGUCGCCUCCGGCCGAACUUCCUGGCCGUCUGCAAUCCCGACUGGUCCAAGGUGAACUGCUCCAUCUAUGUGCAGCUGGAGAACGUCUGCCAGGGGGAGAGCAGGAAUGUCACCGAGUCCAGACUGUCCUUCUACUCUGGGCACUCCUCCUUUGGGAUGUACUGCAUGAUGUUCCUGGCGCUCUACGUGCAAGCCCGACUGGUGGGCAAGUGGGCACGGCUGCUGCGCCCUACCAUCCAGUUCUUCCUCAUCGCCUUCGCCAUCUACGUGGGCUACACCAGGGUGUCCGACUACAAGCACCACUGGAGCGACGUCCUGGCAGGGCUGCUCCAAGGGGCUCUCAUUGCCGUCCUCAUUGUCCGCUACGUCUCUGACUUCUUCAAGCCCCGUCCCCCGCGGCCGUGCGGCGCCAAGGACACGGAGCGCAAGCCCAGCGUGCCGCUCACCAUGGGCGAGCCUGACUGCAAUCACUACAGCUACCGGGGUGGCCCCUGAGCCGGGCACCCUGCUGCCAACCUGCCCCUCACCGCGCACCGCUGCCGGCACCAGGGCGUGGGGAUGCUGGCGCCGCCUUUUAACAGCUGGCUCCACCGAGGCUCCGCUGCCUCAGGUACCCAGGGGACAGCCCUCUCCAUCCCCCGUUCCCAUCACCCGCCCCACCCUCCCCAGCUCGCCGUGGUGCCUCUGCCUGCCAGUCUCCGGUGAUCUCCAGCGCCCUGCCCAUGGGAAGGGAAGGUCCUCGAUCCCUUGUGCGUCUGAGUCAUGCUCCAAGGCUGCUGUCCCAGCCCUUCACACGGCGGGGAAGGGCGGCACGUGGGGGCGGAUUUAUUGGGCUGGCAGAGUGUGCCACGCAAACUCAUCGGGAAGUCUGAGGCUGCCUGUGUAUUAUCCCUGUCAAAUUACCCAGCCUCACGAGUGCAAAUCCUCGCAAGCAGAGGGGGGAGGAGGACAGCUGCUGGGCUAGCAAUACUUUUUUGGAAAGGAUUAAAGCAAUCCAGAGCUCUUCUCUGUUCCCUGAUUACCCUGAAAAGCAGCCCUGGCUGCCAGCAGCUGCUGUGAGCAACGGGUGCCCAGGCAGGCUCCUCUCUGGGUGGUACCUGGUGCCGCGGCGCUGGCAGCGAGGGCUUGCUGCACCCUGCCUGCUGCACGCCUGGCUUGGGGUGAGGGAUGCUGGAGCCUUUGUCUCUCCUGCAGCUUUAGCUGAUGCUUUAGAGGAUGCAGAGGGGAAAGGGGGAUGUUUUUUCUGUGGUAAAGGCAAAUAAAGGGAGGUGUGGAGCUGGACACAGGACUCCCAACUCCCUGGGAAGGUGAGGAGUGGGCCACGGUGCGGUCCCACCGCUGACACGUAGCUGCCUCCAGCACUGCAGCACUGAGGGCCUCUUCUUAAACUACAGUUUCAUUAUGAUGUGUUUUUGUAAAGAAAAGUGUUCUUUUUUUUUAAAUUAGAUCAUCCUUAAAGAA